AUGAGUAGUGUGAGCAGCAGUGAAUGGAAGGAUAUUAAAGGGGUGAAACUUCGCCCAGCCACACUGGCGUAUCUCUCGGAGUGUGUUGGUUACCGUUACAUGGCCCCUGUGCAGGCCCGUACAGUCCCGCUGCUGUUGGGCAAUUACGAUGUGGUGGUGGAGGCCAUCACCGGCAGUGGAAAGACACUGGCAUAUUUGUUACCAUGUGUGGAGAUGCUGCAGAGAGAACGUGUGGUGGAGACAUGCAGAGAUCACCCAAAUGCCGUUGUCUCUGUUAUUGUGUUGCCAUCACGUGAAUUGGCUCAACAAGUACAUCUCCUUGCAAAGAAAAUGUUACAAUUUAUCUAUCAACAGUACACUGGCAAUGGGUCCGCAGGGAUUCCCAAGUAUACAUGUCAGUGCUAUAUUGGUGGUCGUGAUAUCGCCGUGGAUGUGGAUGUCUUUAAUAAGAAUGGGGGUCAUGUUUUAAUUGGAACACCAGGGCGAUUGUAUGAAUUGCUGGUAUCCUCCAAGUAUGCAAGUUUGUUUAACUUUACAAGCUUUGAAUUACUCAUUCUUGAUGAAGCUGAUAAACUCCUUGAGUUUGGCUUUAAAGCUAAACUUGAUGCCAUUCUUAGGCGAUUACCAAAACAAAGACGUACAGGACUCUUUAGUGCUACUCAGACAAAGGAAUUAGCAGAAUUGGCACGUGCGGGAAUGCGUAAUCCAGUUUCCGUUACUGUUCGUGUGAGUUCACUUAACAGCACCGUUUCUAAUGCUGAUAAACCUCAGAUUCCAGAAUUACUACGUAAUUAUUAUGCUUUUACAAAAGCUUCAGAAAAACUAGAUCGUCUAUUAAUGUUUCUCCGAGAACGUCGGGAAGAAAAGGUUCUUGUAUAUGUGAUGACUUGUGCAAGUGUUGAUUGGCUUCAUGCAGCUCUUGUUGAUGUCUUAUUGAAGGAAGAUGCGGAAAAUAUAUUUGCAUUACAUGGUCAAAUGAAACUUGAAAAACGUCAACGAGUACAUCGUGCUGUAACUAAACAAAAUCGUUGUGUUCUUAUUUGUACUGAUGUUGCUGCCCGUGGAUUAGAUAUUCCUGAAGUAGGUGUAGUUGUUCAAUACGAUCCACCUGUUGAUCCAUCAACGUUUAUUCAUCGAAUUGGACGUACAGCACGUAUGGGUCGUCAAGGAGAAAGUUUGGUAUUUUUAAUGCCACAAGAGUUAGAAUAUAUUGCCUUUAUGAAAUUACAAAAUGUUAUAUUACAUCCAUAUGAUGAAAAUAAAGAUAGUAUUCAACUCGCAAGAGAAACUGUAGGGGAAAUGAAUUCCAAACGAACUCUUAUGAGUUCACAACAUGAGAAACGGAAAAGUUUACAUCAAGCUCAAAAAGAUCAACAAUUGAAUCGCAAAGAACGACGUAAAAAAAUACAGGAAGAACGAGAAAUGGGUCGUGGUAAAUUCGAUCAAACUAAACGUAAAGAAGUAUUAGGAGAUUUAUGUGAAAGUCCAUCCAUUUUAAAAUUACGUCAUGCUGUACGAUAUGAAGAAAAUUAUAAAUUACUUGAUUUGGCAGCUAGAGCCUUUGUUUCUUUUAUUCGUGCAUAUAAAGAACAUGAGUGUCGUUAUAUAUUUCAACUUCAACUUAUUGAUCUUACGGAUUUAACUCAUGCUUUUGCCCUCUUCAAGGUUCCAAACUGUGGAGAGAUUAAACACAUGCAGAUACUGAAGAUACCCUUACAGGAUGAUCUACUGGAUGUAUUAGCUAAAGUCAAUCAGAGAAUACGAGAGAAGCAUGAUCGUGAAGCUAAAGAACGUGAACAACAACGACAAGCGGAUGGGACACGAUUAACAGACAACAAUGAAGAUGAGAUGGACGAUAGUUUGUGUGAAGCCGCCACCAAAAAACACCGCACAGAACGUAAUGAAAAAUUAGAAGCACUAAAGAUGACUAAAAUGUCCCGCGGGGAACGAAGUCGUGCAUGGCGACAAGCGGAGUUGGACGAGUUGAUGAAGGACAGUUACUAUGUGAAGAAGGAGAAACAAGGGCGGAUGAAUAAGAGGAUUGUAGACAACAUUAUGGGUGUUGAUGCUAUUGAAAAUGCACUGCUCAGUUCACGUGAACGUCAGGAGGUGAAGAAGGUUCGCCGUGCAGCGAAAUGA